GUAUCUUUAGCUUAAAGCUAACCCCUGCUACGUGGUUGGUUUGUUGUGAAACGGUUAAAUAUAAAUGUUUUCUUGUUAACGAGUCACUGCAUUUAUCAGGAAAUAGUGUCGGUAAACUCGCUGCCGGACAGAGAGCUAGCUGUCUUCCUGCGCUGGGAUCACUCCGCCGCCUGCGCUGCGCUCUUCGGCCUCGUUUCCAGCCUCCGCCGGUGGAUGAGCCUGGUCAGUCGCCGCCUUCCUAGAUGAAGAUGUCCCUGGCUCAGCGAGUCUUCCUCUCCUGGAUCUUCGCCCUGGUCUUCCUCAUCAUGCUUGCCCUCAAGCUGGACUCCAAAAUCCAGUGGAACUGGUUCCUGAUCUUCCUCCCCGUCUGGACCUUUGACACCGUCCUCAUCCUCAUGCAGAUCGUGGAGAUGGCGGGUCGCUGCAAGCCGGACUUUGACCCCAGGGACGAGGAGAAAAGCGUGAAGAGGAGGCUGUGGUACCUGACAGCCCUGCUCCUCAAGCUGGCCUUCUGUCUGACUCUGUGCUCCCGGCUUGAGAAGCUGACGGACAUCUGGGUCAGCGUGGUGUGUGUCCCACUGUGGGUGCUGCUGGGUGGAGCGCUGCUGGAACUGGGAUACAGUGUUUUCCACUACAGGAGGGACUGAGCCAGGCGGGGGAGAAACCCUUACAAACGGACACAUUGUUAUUUUUAGAGAUAUUCACCUCUUAACUGAGGGAUGCACAGUUAUUUAGUUGUUAUUUUAAAACCUGGGACUGCAGCACCAUAACAAGAGAAAACUUUGGUAUGAUUUUCUCUCCACUGUAGGAGUUCAUUGUCAUUGCCUGACUAAAUUGCACUUUGCUUUAGAUCUGACAACUUCACCUCAAUGUCAACAUGUCUGGGAUUGUUCAGUUAAAUCCAGCCCUCUUUUAAGGUUUACUCACUGCCGCUUUUUUGCAAUUUUAAAGUAAAAUAAAAAAAAGAGACUUAAACUGGUUUUAAGAUCCUCCCUGAGCAUCAUUUUUUAUUUAUUUUUACUUCUCUGCUUCAGAGGUUUUAUGCUAUUUUGUUCUCCAAGGUGAUAAAAGUCAAUAAUUAUGUGGAUGGAUUAAAUAUUAUUUACAUGUUGGAUGCAGCUGGUAAGGACAGAUUUACAAAUGUAGAAACCUUGAACUGUAUGUUGUCACAUUAUCACCACAAAUGUCAAUUUCUUUCGUGGGGAGGUUUUGUGAUAGAGCAGCAGAGCGAAUAAUGCAGAAUCUUAAAGUGGAAAGAAAAAAAAAUAGGAUUCCUUUUCUUAGAAUAAAAUAAGAAUAAAAAAUAUAACUGAAAGUGUGGAGUUUGUUUUUGGGCACUUGAGUGAACAUUUUAGCCAUUUUCAUUUCAACAGCAGCUGCCGGUGUUUUGGGUUUGUCUCUACUGAAAUAUUCAGUCACAAAUAUUUAUUCCCAAUAACUCUGAUCAGUUUCCUUGUCUCUGACUCUCCCACCUGAGCCGUGAAUCUCUGCAGCCACUCCUGAGACUUCCUCAUAUCUCGACUGCUUUUUGCACGUUGCUAUCUAUGUACGACACUCUUUUCAAAUUUGUUUGUAAAAGAAAAAAGUGCCUUAUGUUUGUUUGUCAUUAAAAUCCUUGAAGU